AUGGCGCGCAAAUGGCUUCGACAAGCUCCGCUGCGCUUGUGUAUCGGGCAUCGCAGCUCGGCGCAGAUUGGGAAUGGAUCGAUUCUUCCCGCUGCACCCUCUUGGGCCACAUUCGGAGCUGCCAAUGACAGGUCGGCGCAUCUACUUGCGGUGCAGAGGCUGCUGACCUCGUCUAGCCGUGACAUGCCGCCGAAUGGGGAUAUCAACUCGACUCUUUUGCUCUCGCUUGUCGGCCGCCGCCGUCGAGGCUCCGCACCUGCUGGACGCGGCGCUUGUUGCUUGUUGCAGACUCCGGCCAAGCUCUCCAUGUGCAGAUGAGCAGUCAACUGAUCUCACUUUACCCCGGGCAAAUGCGCG